UGCCUGCUUGGCCUUCGGGGCAGCCAGGGGCGAACUGGGCAGCUUGCGCGUGCCUCGGUUUCCCCUCGACGCAAGGCUCGAAGCCUGAGGAGCCACCCCGGGAAGACCCUCUCCGCAGCAUGUUCUCUCCACCAAAGAGUUCCUUGUAACAGGCGACGAUGACAAUCCCAACAGGACCUUGGAAAGCACUAACAUUGCAGUAGCCCAGCACCCGCUUAUCCCUCCUUCUCCGCACCCCACCCUCCCAUCGCACACCGUGAUGGUGUAUUGACAAAGAAGAGCCCUGCUUUCUUUUCUCCUCCCCCUACAACUUUCGGCAGCUCUUGGAUUUGUAUGGCAGCAGCGUAACCGUGGAGAGGCCGGGGUAUCACAAACUUAUGGAUUUUGAUAAGAGAGGAGGGAAAGGGGAGCUGGAGGAAGGUAAAAGGAUGUCCAAAGCAGGUGGAGGAAGGAGCAGUCAUGGAAGCCGGAGUGCUGGAACCAACUCGGGAGUCUUAAUGGUGGGUCCCAACUUCCGCGUCGGCAAGAAGAUUGGAUGCGGCAAUUUCGGGGAGCUCCGUCUAGGGAAGAACCUCUACACAAACGAAUACGUAGCUAUCAAAUUGGAACCCAUCAAAUCCCGGGCCCCCCAGCUGCACCUGGAGUAUCGAUUCUACAAGCAGCUCGGCAAUGCAGAAGGAAUUCCUCAGGUUUACUACUUCGGCCCCUGUGGGAAGUACAACGCCAUGGUGUUGGAGCUGCUAGGACCCAGCCUGGAAGACCUCUUUGAUCUGUGUGAUCGGACCUUCACGCUCAAGACUGUCCUGAUGAUUGCGAUCCAGCUGAUCACACGAAUGGAGUAUGUCCACACCAAAAGCCUGAUCUACAGAGACGUCAAGCCAGAGAACUUCCUGGUGGGGCGGCCGGGGAGCAAGCGGCAGCACACCAUCCACAUCAUUGAUUUUGGCCUGGCCAAAGAGUAUAUUGACCCCGAGACCAAAAAACACAUCCCCUAUCGAGAGCACAAGAGCCUGACAGGGACAGCACGCUACAUGAGCAUCAACACCCACCUCGGGAAAGAACAAAGCCGCAGGGAUGACCUGGAAGCGUUAGGGCACAUGUUUAUGUACUUCCUCCGCGGGAGCCUUCCUUGGCAAGGCCUCAAGGCUGACACAUUAAAGGAGAGGUAUCAGAAGAUUGGUGACACCAAAAGAGCCACGCCGGUGGAGGUGCUCUGUGAGAACUUCCCAGAGGAGAUGGCCACAUACCUGCGCUACGUACGGCGGCUGGAUUUCUUUGAGAAGCCAGACUAUGACUACCUGCGGAAGCUCUUCACAGACUUGUUCGAGAGGAACGGUUACGUGUUUGACUAUGAAUACGACUGGGCAGGGAAACCACUGCCCACCCCUAUCGGCACGAUGCACAGUGAGGUGCAGGUGCAGCCGCCGAACAGAGACAAAGCACAGCCACACACCAAACACCAGCCUCCCGAGGGGACGGAGUUGUGGGAUCCUCAGGCCGGUGGUGAGGCUUUGGGAUCUCACGUGGCAGCGGGCGGGCUCGGGGGGUCCGUCCAGGUACAUGCAACCACGCGCCGAGGGCAUGGGCGGGCGCGCGAGGGAGCCGAGCCAGCCUGCACCACGGCACCUGCAGCACCCUGCCUGCACGUCCAUGUCUACGCGCAGGAAGAAAAGGGAUGGCCGGCUCCCUCCCGCCACACAAGAUGCGGUGAGAGCCAUGGGACCUCGCGCCUCCCCGAGACCGGCACCAGCGCAGGACAGCUGAAGCACCAAGGUUAG